AUAUGUGAGACCAAAGCUCGCGGCUUUGCUGGCUACGUGCAUCUACCUGCAUCUGCACUUGGUGAGAUCCAGCCUCUCGAGCAAUACAAUGUGUCCAUGUUCUUCUGGUACUUCGAGGCGCGACAACAUCCCGAAAAUGCGAAGACAGCCAUCUAUCUUGCUGGAGGGCCCGGCCAAUCGUCACUAUACGGAGCCACGUCUGGUGGAGGGCCUUGCACUGUCCUUCCGAACUCGAAUGAUACUAAGUACAACCCGCACGCAUGGAACGAACACGUCAAUGUCCUCUACGUUGAUCAACCGGUCGGAGCUGGAUUCUCUUACGACAAGUUGGUCAACAGCACUCAGGACCUCCUCGCAGAACAGGGCUCAAUCAUUGCGAUCGAGGAUUACGACAGCGAGCCAGUACCCGCCGAAAGUACGACCUUCCUAUACGGAACAUUUUCGAGUCAGAAUCUGAGCCGUACCGCACCCACCACAGCGGUCGCAGCUCGCACGCUUUGGCACUUUGCACAAGUCUGGUUCUCCUCCUUCCCGGAAUACAAAACACAAGACAAAAGCAUUUCCAUCUGGGGCAAUUCAUACGGGGCCUAUUCUGCUCCGGUCAGUGCUGAACAUUUCGCGCGGCAAAAUAAGAAGAUACAAAGCGGAGAGUUCAAGGGCACUGUGUUGGACAUCGAUGCUGUCGGAUGGACGAACGGCUGUACCGAUAUGCUGUACCAAGCGGAGUGGUUCCCGGACAUGGCUUACAACAACACAUACGGUCUGGAAGCCAUCUCUCGGGACACCUUCAACGCUGCAAAGUCCGACUACAGCAAGCCUGGUGGAUGCCGCGACCUCAUGUUGAAAUGUCGGGGGCUCGGCGACCUGAGUGAUCCGCAUCACCUGUCCAUCGACCCCACGGUGAACGCUGUUUGUGCCCAAGCCACGAUCUACUGUGCGACGGCUGUCAUACAACCUUACAUUGACUCAGGUCGAAGUCGAUACGACAUUGCCCACUUCCAGCCUGAUCCCUCACCUUCGCAAUAUCACAUCGGAUUCUUCAAUCGUGCCUGGGUCCAGCGAGAACUCGGAGUGCCGCUCAACUUCACCGCCAAUGCGAACAAUGUUUUCAGCGCCUUCUAUGCCAGCGGCGACCCUUUCCGUACCGCAGGCAUGAAAAGCAUUGAAUAUCUCCUCUCAAUCGGCGUCAAAGUGGCCAUGAUCUACGGCGAUCGCGAUUACACUUGCCCCUGGAACGGAGGCGAGCAGCUCAGCUUGCAAGCGAACUGGACUGGAGCUGAGAUCUUCCGCGGAGCAGGCUAUGCUUCUAUUCGCACCACUUCGUGCGACAGUGGUGGCGUCGUUCGCCAACAUGGCAAUCUCUCGUUCUCGCGAGUAUUUGACGCCGGUCAUGACGCAGCGGCUUAUCAACCGCAGCUGGUUCACCAAAUCUUCGACCGCGUCAUGCGGGAUCAGGAUGUUGCGAGUGGGACGCAAGAUACGUCUGGUUCAGAUGGUGGUCGAUAUGCUACGGCCGGACCUUCGAGCGUAUUUGGGUGGAAGAACGUGUUGCCGGAGCCGCCAGGUGUUGACUGCAAUCUGUAUGCUGUGAGCUCGUCUUGCACAACUGAGCAAUACGCUGCGCUUCAGAACGGGACAGCGGUGUUGAACGAAUUUCGAGUGGUCAGUCCUGCUUGA